AUGAAUGCUCUUCGUUGCAUGAUUUCUGUUGUAUUAUUCUAUUCUCUUCUGGUAAACCUUUGUUAUUGCUUCAAAAGGAAUCCAUUUAAUGUUUCUCGUUUUGAAGAGGAGGAUGAUAAAUGGCAAAUGGGAACAGCUACACAUUAUGGACCUAUAGAUGGUGCUGGAUCAACAGGAGGUGCAUGUGGAUAUGGUGAGACGGUAGAAAAAUUUCCGAUUAAUAAAAUGAUAGCAGCUGGUGGUGGAUCUAUUUUCCGUAAGGGAAAAGGUUGUGGUUCUUGUUAUAAGGUGAAAUGCACAGAAAAUAGUGAAUGUUCAGGAAAAUAUGUUAGAGUGGUUAUAAGUGAUGAAUGUGGAGGAUGUAAUGGGGAUCAUUUCGAUCUAAGUUGCACUGCCUUUGCUAGCCUUGCAAAAAAAGGAGAAGACGCUGUUAAAAAUCUUCUGGAUGCUGGACAUAUUAAGAUUCAGUACAAGAGGAUUGAAUGCAAUUUUGGGAGGAAAAUAGCCUUUGCAAUUGUUACUGGAGCCAACCCAUAUCAUUUUAUUGUUCAAAUACAAUACCAAAAUGGAUAUGGUGACAUUGAAAAAGUAGAAUUGAAGCAAGGACAUAAAUCAAAAAAAUGGCUUCCGUUGCAACAUUCUUGGGGUGCAAGAUGGUUUUUGAGCAAUAGUGGUGUACCGUUGAAACCUCCAUUUUGUAUUAAGCUCACGCAAAGUGGAAAUGGAAAAUCCAAGACCUUUAGAGCUCGUAAAGUCAUUCCAAAAAGUUGGAAACCUGGCCAAGUUUAUUGGUCACAUUCUAAUUUACAGUGUUAA